UUUGCUUUAAGGAAUGAAGUAUCACCAAAUUUAAAUUUGGAUAUGAUGAAAUUUUUGCAAGCUGAACUUGAUCAUAUUAAUCUUUUUGUUCAAAUAUUUCAAAGUGCUAGACGGCAGGUUACAAGAAAUCCUGCUUUAAAAUUAAAAAUUUCUAAUGUAUUUUCCCAAGAUAUGAGAAAUUAUAAUUUACCAGUUGCUUCUGAAAUUGCUGCUAUAAUCACUAAUGAUAAUACAAUUGACUCUGGAAGAAAUAUUAUUCUUACUACACAACAGGAUGCUUUAAUAAAUUUAUUAUAUGAAACUGAAAGUCGAAGUAGUACUGAAGGCCAAAAGUCUUACCAAAAUCAAAAGUCUUAUCAAAAAUCAGAAGCUUUAUUGAAGCAAGACUGA